AAGGGUUUUAUAAACCAGUUAUAUAAACUCCUAUUCCAUUGCUCUCAUCCCCUAUCUCACCUUCAAACUUGUCUUACCCAUGGCAUUCAGGAGGCAAGUGAAAAACUUCAUGAAAAAUUACUCAGAUGCUGAAAUAAAAGUCAGGGAAGCAACUUCUAAUGAUCCUUGGGGUCCUUCUAGUUCUCUGAUGUUAGCUAUCAGUGACCUGACUUUCAACGCGAUUUCUCUCUCAGAGAUUAUGAAUAUGCUUUGGCAGAGACUAAACGACCAUGGGAAGAACUGGCGCCAUGUGUAUAAAUCCCUUAUGCUAAUGGAUUAUCUCAUCAAGAAUGGAUCUAAGAAAGUUAUUCAGCUUUGCAGAGAGGGGUUCUGUAACCUUCAAAGGCUAAAAGAUUUUCAACACAUAGAUGAAGGUGGAAAAGACCAAGGUCAUUAUAUCCGGGAAAAGUCUAAGCAAGUCAUAACAUUGCUGAUGGAUGAGCAAUUGCUGCAUAAAGAGAGGGAAAUAGCAUGUCGGACUAGACGGCGUAGCUCCUACUCUGUGACAUUUUCUAAAAGAUUACCUCAUACAGAUAACACUUCCAAGGCAGAAUGGAAACAAGAGCAGUGGCAAGACAUUCAGCUGCCCAGUGAAACUGUGUUGCCCCAGGAAACACUACCACUCAAGUUUAAUGCUUGGAAAUCAACAGAUGACCUGAUGCUAUUUUACGAGGAUGAUCUGAAGCCACUCUUGCCAACAGUUCCUCCAGCCAUUAUCUCGUCACCUACAUGGUUGUCAGAAGGGCAAGCAGAAGACUGUAACCACUGGGAUGCAGAUGCUGUACCUACUCCCUCAGAAAACAAACCAACUCUGCAGACAAAUGUGAGUUUAAACAAGAAAUCAGACAGUACCAUUACAAAUACUAUAACAGAAAACCCUUUGCAAAUGCCUCUGGAGAAGCAGUCAGCUGCCAAAACUUUUGCAACAUUGACAACUUUACCAGCAUUUUGGUCAUCGAGUAAAGAAGAGUCUAUCAGAACAAAUUUAAGAAUAUCCAAGUCAGAUUCUACAUUCUGUACUCAGGCCUCUGUAGAGACACUCUUUGUCUCUCCCUCAUUCAAAACUGUUGACCCAGUGAAGGAAAUUGUAAUCAAUAAGGACUCUCAGAAACCAGCCCAGCCCAGCAUUGUUCAGAGGGAUGAUGAAAACCUCAAGACCUUAAGGACAUGGGUUUCAACCGCCUCUGAGGGGACAUCCUCCUUUUCUACUUUAUCCAUGUCGUCUCCUAACUUGGCCUCUUCAGAAAAGUCUGCUCCUCUCUUACCCCCGGUUUUGGCUGGACCUUCCUUCUGGACUUUGUCCCAUCAACAGUCUUCUUCUGUUUCCUUUAAAGAUAAAGAUAAGACCGCGAGGUUUCAUCACCACUUUGUUCCUAGGGGCCCAGUGUCUUCUGAUGAAGAAAAUGACAACUUCAACAUACUGGAAAUUCUUCCAGAUAACUCAGAUUCUGCUAAAAAGAAGAUAAGUCAUAUUUCCAGCGGUAAUUGGGUAGAAUUUUCCACCCAAAAUGUAGACCACUUCACCUCUAUGUCCUGUUCUAGUUUUCAGACAACCAAAGGCCUGCCAGGGGAGCCUGAAGCAAACAAUUCAAUCCAGGUUCUUCUAGGGGAGGUAAAAAAUGCCAUAGUUAAAUUACACGAAGAUCUGAGUAUGGUGAUACAAGAACUUGGUGUCAUCAAUAGCCAUCUGUUAAGCAUGAGUGGGAAUAGCCUGCAAAUGAGUGAGGCUUUGCAGUUCUCCCAGUCUUCUGAGGGGAGCUCAGAUCAAAUCGGAUCAUCCCCAUAG